CAUAGCCUCUUCACACAAAAAUUAUCAACCACUUAAGCUAACUCAUCAACCCUAGUUUUUCAUUAGUUGUGAACUUUUUAUAUUGAUCCUUGGCAUUGGCAAUGGCUUCUGCUAUGACUACGAGGGUUUUGGCUCUUGUUGCUUUGGUUGUUGCAAUCAAUGGCAUAGUGUGUGAAAGUAGAGUGGCAAGAAAGGACCUGGGGUUGGACCUUGGUGGGUUGGGAAUUGGGGUGGGUGCUGGGGUUGGAAUUGGCCUCGGUGGUGGUGGUGGUUCUGGUGCAGGUGCAGGCUCGGGCUCUGGCUCUGGUUCUGGUUCUGGCUCCGGCUCUUCAUCUUAUUCAAGUUCUGGUUCUUCUUCUUCUUCAUCAGGAUCAGGGUCCGGAGCAGGUUCCGAAGCUGGUUCCUAUGCAGGGUCCCGUGCUGGGUCAGGGUCCUCCAGAGCGGGGUCUGAAGCAGGUUCAUACGCAGGGUCUCGUGCAGGUUCAGGAUCUUACGGUGGUAACGGAAAGUAAAGUGAUGCUGAUGCAUGAGAGUUAAGUAUAUGAGAUGGUGAAAGGAACAUGUUAGUGUCAAAAAAAUAAGCUUAUGUCUCCUUUGCAUGUGUCUGUCUUUUCUUUUUCUUUUUUGUCUGUUGUUACUGCUAUGUUCAAUAUAUACGUGUCAUAUUGAAGUAACAGACCUGUUACUUAUUAAGUAUGGCUAAAAUUUGUAGUGCUUGUCCAAUCAUCAUUAGUGUGAACUUAAUAUUUUACUUUAUAAUAAAAUAGUUUUUAGAUUAA